UUCACCAACGUAGACGAUCUUGGGCGAAGCUAGCCGGCUAACCGUACCUAGCUCCGAGAGACGCCAUUAGCUGAGUGUGGACCCGGACAGUCGCAGCGGGGUGAGAGGCCAGUCAGCCCGCAGCCGGACCACGAAGCUCCCGCUGACAGCCGAGCCUCUGUCCGCCCGUGUCGUCGGAUCCGGGCUGUUUCUCCGAGGGCGGAGCGGGGAGCCGAUCAGCGCCGAGGAUUUUCUCCACCGUCCGCCCAAGCAUGGCGUCCGGCGGCAGCGGCAAGACCUACUCGUUCAAGGUGGUCCUGCUGGGGGAAGGCUGCGUGGGCAAGACUUCGCUGGUGCUGCGCUACUGCGAGAACAAAUUCAACGACAAGCACAUCACAACCCUGCAGGCGUCCUUCCUCACAAAGAAGCUCAACAUCACAGGGAAGAGGGUGAACCUGGCCAUCUGGGACACGGCGGGACAGGAGCGUUUCCAUGCGUUAGGUCCCAUCUACUACAGAGACUCCAACGGAGCCAUCCUAGUAUACGACAUCACAGACGAAGACUCCUUCCAGAAGGUGAAGAACUGGGUGAAGGAGUUGAGGAAAAUGUUGGGCAACGAGAUUUGUUUAUGUAUAGUAGGUAAUAAAAUCGACCUGGACAAAGACAGACACGUUUCAGUGGAGGAGGCCGAGAGCUAUGCGGAGUCGGUGGGGGCCAAACACUACCACACAUCAGCCAAGCUAAAUAAAGGCAUCGAGGAGCUGUUCCUGGAUCUGUGCAAAAGGAUGAUGGAGACGGCUCAGGCAGAGGAGAGGUUGAAGGGCAACGGCGCCAGCCAAUCAGCAUCGAGUAGGCGGGGUGUACAAAUCGUUGACGACGAACCACAAGCCACGCCUGCCGGGGGCUGCUGCUCCUCCGGCUAACACACACACACACAGACACACACACACACACACUCACACACACUCUCUCUAAAACAACACGGUCCUGAUGUUGGAAAUGAUCCCGCAGACGGUUUUUUUGCACUUUGAAAUGUGAUUUUUGCCAAAAUGGAGACAGGAGUGCAGCCGAAAGCCGAGAAGUAAAAUAAACAAAUAAACAACAGAAAAAAGACCCCGCCCCCGAGAAAAUAAACCACCAAUAAAAUCUAUUUAUUAUGUCAGAGGAAACUUGUGCGACUCUACUUCCUGCUCUGCGUUUAAUCAGCUUGAGGAAACAGAACGGCCGGCGCAGUUUUCACAUUAAAGCGUCUCAAACCACACACACACACACACACACACACACACACACACACACACACACACACACACACACACACACACACACACACACACACACAGCAUCCAGCCCACCGUUAAUGGAGUGCUUCACCCAUAAUGCAUUGUUUUUGUUUCCGGUUCUCGCUGUGUGCUGCAUUCAACCUCCGACAAAGAAUCCUUCAUGGUAAACUCUUUCCAAACACACCAGCCGCCUCUCAUCUAAUUUAAAAAAAAAAAAAAAAAAAAAAAGACAACUGAGUCUGCAGUUUUACGGUUUUGUGGCGUCCGUCCAGUCAGACGCUUCAUGUCCAAACGAGAGGAUUUUGUGUCUUUUUGCAGGAAGUUUUGAGAGAAAAUCUGCGUGUUGGUGAACUUUUGAGGCUUGGAUUAUUGGAUUACAUCGAGCAGAGAGACGAGUGUGAGCUUUUCAAACCGAACUUUAGGUUUCUGACAGAGGUUUGCUUUUGUGAACUGGUGAAAUUGCGGAUCAGAGACGGCGGACGGGUUUGGAAGUUUCGCGGAGGUUGAAGGCAGCGCACGGUGGGAACUCGAUAACCAAAAUGUUUUGUUAGAUUGUGGGUGAAAUGUCCCUUUAACGCGAGUAUUGUUCUGGCACCAGGCCCCUCUGUGCCUGUCCGUCUCCGAGGUGACGUCAUAAAUCCAGACGCAGUGACGUGGAAACUGAGAAGGUUUUCACAUUAAAGCGCCGCCUUUGCGGUUCGUGUUUGGCGUGGACGAUUCAUAAUGAAGCCGACUUUAUUGACACACCUGUCAGGUACGGCUGCCGGGUUGUUUGGUUUCUGUGGCCGCUUUCAGGUUAAAGCAGUCACUUGCGGUGUGUUCUGGUCAACUUGUGAAGUCAGGAAAAUCCAGAGUUUACCACCAAAAAAAAGAAAAAACUUUGAUUCCAACGUUUGAUGAAGAAAUUGAACAAGAAGAAAAUUGAAAGUAAGAAGAAAAUUAAAUGUGAUUAAUUAGCGUUUCAAAGUUAUAUUUCCUUUGUUAUAAUGCCAGAUUUCUUUAUAUGCUGAUGAUGCAUCAAUAUUUUUUAACGACGAUCAAGACAAUUUGUCCAUAGCAACCCGUUAGCAACCAAGUGCGUCAAUGAAAAAACAGCUUGAAAACGGAACAGAAAUAGAACAAAACACCUAGUAACAACAGAGUUUUAUUUUGAAAAGCCUAUGACAAUAGAGACUAUGACAGAGACAACGAUGAUGAUAUUGAUGAUGCAAAGUGGGCAGAGCCGCAGUCUCAAAAAGUAAUUUAAUUAAUUUAGAAAAAAAUUUCUGAGAUCAAAGUGGUAAAUUUACAAAAAAAACCUCACAAAUUUAUGAGGAAAAAACCCUCAAAUUCAGACAUUAUAAAGUCCCAAAUUUGUGAGAAAAAACUAAGAAAGAUUAAAAUUGUAAAUUUAUGAUGAAAAAAAUCUGCAUUUUUUAGUUUUAUGAGAAAUUUAUUAGGAGAAAAAAUAUUUUUGUGUUUUUUUUUUUCUCCCAUGAAUGUGACUUUACAAUAUCAGAAAUGUCAAGUUUUUUUCUCAUAAAUUUCUUAUUUUUUUCUUUUCCUCUUGUAAAUUUGCCAGUUUAAUCACAGGGAAUAUCUGAGGUUUUUUUCCUGGAAUAUAUUUCCCCCCCCACAGUGGCCCUUCACAGUGUAUUCACAAAGCGCUGUUCUCCUCUGAUCUGAUGGGGUUCUCCAGUAAAGACUACCUUUUAAAACACACACACACACACACACACACACAGAGUUGGCGAGUGUAAGCAUCCGUACGUACUACCACACUCAUAAAACAUCAGAUUCUUAUGACGUUUCCUGACAGAGAAUAAUAAUGUGCAUGUUUGUUUGAUUUCUGUAAAGGCUUCAUUUUGUUUUACUUAAGGAAAAAUGAUAAUAAUAAUUAUUAAAAAAAUAAUAAAAAAAAACAGAAUUGCUAUUAUUUAAUAAGUUAUAUUAUACAUGUGAUGGCGGUGAUGGAAAUCUGUACAUGUUCAAAAGAAACAAAACUGUUUUCUCUGUGCUCUCAUUUCUGUAAAAACAUUGUACAAAACAUGCUGCGCAUUUUAUCUGCUUUUACAAGCUAACACACACACACACACACACAGGUCCAGAAAAAAAAUUUAAAAAACAAUGUACAGUCGUCCUGUUCAUCAUGAAAACUGAAAAAAAAAAACAAUGUGGGUGAA